AUGAAAUACAAUCUCAUAUACAUUGAGAAAGCAAUGGAUUCUCAACCCCACCAUGAAUUGCAUGUCAUUUUUCUUCCAUAUCCAACUCCUGGCCAUAUGAACCCCAUGAUAGACACUGCAAGGUUAUUUGCCAGGCAUGGUGUUAGUGUUACCAUUAUCACUACCCCUGCUAAUGCUUUGCCUUUCCAAAAAGCCAUAGAUUGUGACUUCACCCGUGGAUACCACAUCAGAACUCAACUGGUUACAUUCCCUGCAGCCGAAGUAGGUCUCCCUGAAGGGGUUGAAAACAUCAAAGAUAGCACUUCCAUGGAACUGUUCUAUCGAAUCGCUAGUGGAAUAUCAAAGCUCAAAGAUCAAAUUAAGCUUCUGUUUCAAGAUCUGCAUCCAGAUUGUAUAGUGAGUGAUAUGUGUUAUCCUUGGACAGUGGAAUCAGCGUCAGAACUGGGUAUUCCAAGAAUCUUCUUUUACAGCUCCAGCUACUUGUCUGACUGUGCUACUCAUUCUAUCUUGAGGCACAGACCUCAUGAGGGGUUAGUCUCUGAUACCGACAAGUUUACAAUUCCUGGGUUUCCUCAUGGAAUAGAGAUGACCCGUCUGCAGCUACCAGAGUGGGAAAGAAUUACGAAUGAAAUAUCAGGCUUUUUUGUGCCAAUGUUUGAAUCAGAGAGCAGAAGUUAUGGGGCACUCUAUAAUAGUUUUGAUGAACUUGAAAGUGAGUAUAAGCAAGUUCAUAAGAGUAUAGUGGGGAUCAAAUCCUGGAGUAUUGGACCAGUGUCAGCCUGGGUUAACAAGGAUGACGGACCAAAGGUCAAUAGGGGACAGAAGGAGGACCUUAAAGAAGAGCCAGAGUGCCUAACCUGGCUUAACACUAAGCAGGAUGAGUCUGUACUUUAUGUAAGCUUUGGAAGCCUCACUAGGCUCUCUCAUGCUCAACUUGUUGAACUGGCUCAUGGGCUUGAACAUUGUGGUCAUAAUUUCAUCUGGGUCAUCAGGAAAAAGGAAGGAAGCGAGAAUGAAGACAGUUUCCUGCAAGAGUUUGAGGAGAAGAUGAAAGAAAGCAAGAAGGGUUUUAUCAUUUGGAACUGGGCACCACAGCUGCUGAUAUUGAAUCACCCUGCUAUAGGAGGCAUUGUGACUCACUGUGGUUGGAACUCCAUUCUUGAAAGCUUGAGUGCUGGAUUGCCAAUGAUCACAUGGCCUAUGUUUGCAGAGCAAUUUUACAAUGAGAGGUUGCUAGUUGAUGUGUUGAAGGUUGGAGUUCCGGUGGGAGUUAAAGAAAAUAAGUUUUGGGCAUCAAAAGACAUGGCUCAUGUGGUGGGAAGGGAAGAGAUUGCCAAGGCUGUGGUACAGCUGAUGGAAAAAGAAGAGGGAAGAGAAACGAGGAGGAGAGCAAGAAAACUUUGUGAUGCUUCCAAGAAGACUAUUGAGAAGGGUGGAGAUUCUUACAACAACUUGAUGCAGUUGAUAGAUGACCUUAAAUCAUUGAAGAUAUCAAAAGCACAUAGCAGAAGCAGGUUAGAUGGUUGA